AUGAAUCUAAAAGGAGAACUUCACAACAUUAGGAAAAGCUGUGAUUCUGUUGAUCUGUAUCUUCAAAAGAUCAAGGUUGUGAGGGAUAAGCUGAUGGUAGUUGGAAUAAUUCUUGGUGAUGAAGAAUUACUUCACAUAGCCAUCAAAGGCCUUCCCAAAGAAUUCAGUGCUUUCAAAUCUGCUAUACGAACAAGGAGUACACAAGUGAAUUUUGAUGAACUCACUACUCUACUUGGUGCAGAAGAGGAAUCUUUGAAUGAGUCUAAUGAUGUUAAAGAGACUUUUGCUAUGGCAGUGAAUGCCACACCUAGAUCAGGUGGUGGUGGCUAUAAUCAGUACAACAACAGAGGAAGAGGAAGGAAUAACAAUAAUAGAGGAAGAGGAAAUGGUGGUGGUAGAGCAUCUAAUGCUUUUCCACAUCAGUUUUCAUCAUACACCUUAAAUCAGAACCAUUCAAAUCAGUUCUCUCCAUCAUCACAGUUUCAAGGUUCAAGAAAUGAGAGGCCAUCAUGUCAAAUAUGUGGGAAGAGUGGUCAUAUAGCAAUAGAUUGUUAG